AUGGCCCCGUCCUUUGGCCCUCUCUGGCCAUACAAGCUCGCUCAGCCCCUUGGGCCAAGCUGCCGCUCCUGGCCCUGCUCUCCUGCUUCCCUCCGCGCGUCUCUCCCGACUGUCCCCAUUGACUCCCUUCCCUCUCCGUCCGCCCCCAUCGUCGUUCCGGCGAGUGGUGGUUCCUCUCCCACUCACUUGGGCCGGCUUCACGCAGCUGACGCCGCGCCAGGGGUGGUGACCACUCUUCCCUCGCCCUGCCCGGCUUCCGAAUGCCAGGUGACGCGCGGUCUGCUUCCUCCCACCUUCCCUCUCGCCAACGGUGCCGCUCAGGCGACUGCUCCUCGCCAUGGGGCCCCUUCCCCCACCGCCGCUGCCCCCGCAGAGAGCGGGAUCCUCCCCUCCGUUGCCCUUCCCAGCGCCGCUGCGGCUCAGGCGAGCGGUCCUCCCCGUCCCGUCCUCCUCCAGGUGCCCACGGGCGAGUCGCCGCGCGCACCCCCUUCUCUUCCACUCCUUCCCGCCUCUCUUCUGUGCCACCGGACCGCCCGAUCCUCGGCGGCGGUUCCUUCAUCGAACGUGAGCCUCCCUCUCUCGGCUCUGCACGUCGUCGCUGGGCUCCAGUCGCGCGUGUGUCCUCCGCUUCGCCCCAUCCGCGCAUUCCCCGCGGCUGCACCGUACGUGCCUCCUUCUCCCGAGUCCGGCCUUCCUGUGGCAGCACAUCGCGGGCGUGGUGCCCUCCCAGGCGGUUGGGUCCCGGGGCACGCGUCCCUUCCGCGCGUACCUCCCCUUCCCCCGCCCUUGCUGCCGCCACGGUGUCGGCGUGUUCCGCUCUGGGCACGCGCAAUUCCUCCACGGUUCCGCUCGGGACGUGGGGCACCGCGCGCGUCUGCUCGUCGCUGUCCUCCUGCGAUUCGCCGUCCUCCUGCUCGUCGCCGAGCUCCCGCUCGCCGCCGUACUCCCGCUCAUCGCCGUGCUCUCGCUCGUCGCUGUGCUCUUGCGCGUCGCCGAGCUCCUGCUCGUCGCCGUAUCCCUGCUCGUCAUCGUACACCGGCUCGUCGCCGUCCUCUUGCUUAG